AUGCCGGAUAGCAGCCCCGCUGCACAGAUUGAGGUCACAAGGCGAGAGAAUGCCCAAAACAGUACAGAAACGGGUGCGUAUGGGCGACCGAAGCACGGCGACAGAGGUGAAGGGAGACGGAUUGGCCACCCAAGAAGAAGUCAUGUGAUGGGCCCAAAAUUGGGGGUGCAUCCGAUGCAGGAGCAGCUGCAGAAACACGCCCGUUUGAGGAAGAAGAUGUAG